AGAGUACAUCGGGUGGAGAGAGAGAGAAUGAAAGGGAUCACUGGAGUGGUGAAGAAGGCUUUAGGAGAGAUGGAAUUCACUGCGGCCGGUGGAGCCAUCAAUUGGUUCCCCGGCCACAUGGCCGCAGCUACGCGUGCCAUUCGCGACAGAGUCAAGCUCGCGGAUAUGGUGAUCGAGGUCAGAGACUCCCGAAUUCCCCUGUCCUCGGCCAACCAAGACCUUCAGUCUCAUCUCUCUUCUAAACGCCGCAUCAUUGCCCUCAACAAGAAGGAUUUGGCUAACCCUAAUAUCAUGCAUAAAUGGACGCACUUUUUUGAGUCAUGCAAUCAAGAUUGUAUUCCAAUUAACGCUCACAGCAUGAGCUCUGUUCGGAAGCUUCUCGAGCUUGUGGAAUUUAAACUAAAGGAAGCGAUUUCAAGGGAACCUACUCUUCUUGUGAUGGUCAUUGGUGUUCCAAAUGUUGGGAAGUCGGCUUUAAUUAACUCAAUCCAUCAAAUAGCUUCUGCACGCUUUCCUGUGCAGGAGAAAAUGAAGCGAGCUAAUGUUGGUCCCUUGCCUGGGGUUACUCAAGAUAUUGCUGGCUUCAAGAUUGCUCAUCAACCUAGCAUAUAUGUUCUAGAUACUCCAGGUGUUUUAGUUCCAAGUAUUAAAGACGUGGAGACGGGGCUGAAACUGGCACUUGCAGGAUCUGUGAAGGAUUCCGUGGUGGGUGAGGAGCGUAUUGCUCAAUAUCUACUGGCAGUUUUGAAUACUCGGGGGACGCCCUUCCAUUGGAAACAAUCGAAUAACAGAAGAAUGGAGGGUAUUCAAUAUGAAUCAGAGGAAAUGCACAGAUUUAGUCUUAAUGACCUCCGACCAAAAAGGAGGCCUCCCCUUCCAAAUAAAUCUGAUGUGGUAUACGUCGAGGAUCUUGUUACACAAGUUCAACGUGCACUCUACGCAACGUUUUCUGGAUUUGAUGGCAAUGUUGAAGAUGAGAAUGAUUUAGAAAGUCUCAUCGAAGUGCAGUUUGAAGCAUUGCAGAAAGCAAUGAAGAUACCUCACAAGGCAGCGGAAGCUCGUCUGAAAGUGUCAAAGAAACUACUUACUCUAUUCAGGGCCGGUAAGCUUGGUCCAUUCAUCCUUGACGAUGUCCCCUCUCAUAACUAAUCAUCAUUAAAUUUUUUCUUAGCAAAAUAAUGUUCCUCGUCUUCAGUUGAAGUGGCUUUAUCGUAGUGAUAUUAUUCUUAGGGUAAAAUAUAAAUUUCAUUCUCAAAUUUUGUAACGUAGGUUGUGUAAAUUAAAACCAUGAUCAGCAGGGUUUUAUAUAUUUCUCAUUUUGAUGAUGGAAA